UGCAACCUUUUGGUUUCGUCUAGAAAUCUAGGUGAAAAAUGGAAGUCGCCGUUCCAGAGGAGCCGCAAAAGAAAAUCUUCCGCGCCCGAAAAACCAUGAAGGCAAGCGAUCGACAGCAGCUUGAAGUUCUCCACAACACCCUGUCGUCAGCAUCGGCAAACGCCGCCACCCCACCUUCGUCGUCGCCGUCUUCGUCAACUUCCUCGACGACCCCGGCACCUAUGGUGAACGGCACGCAUUCUGAUGACUGUGUGAAGGCCACGGCGAAAAGCAAAGAACCAGGGAAAGAGAAGACAAAGGAGAGGGAGAAGACGGCCACAGUCAACGGGCCGAGCUCAAACUCGCCCGCCCCCGCCUCCGGUUCUGCGCCUCCGCACCUAGGACUGUCUCUGUCCCGGUCCCCCUCUCCGUCCACCCAGAGCCUCAAGCCCUCGGCGGCGGUGACGAAGAACGGCCCGAAGGAGAGCGAGAAGAAGGAGCAGGCCAAAGACGACUCCAAGGAAAAGGAGAAAGAGGAGGCCUCCCCUGAAGGCAAAGAGGCGGAGGAGGAGAAAAAAAAGAAGCAGAAGAAGCCGGAGAAAGAGAAGGAGAAAGAGAAGGAGAAAGAGAAGAAGUCCUCUUCAUCAGCCAGCCCAUCCACAUCCUCAAAUGAGAAGACAGGGGUCGAGAAAGACGCCAAGCCCACAGCGGACUCCGGCAAAACCAAGGAAAAGACAGAAAAGACCACGUCUAAGAGUCAAAGGUCAUCUCCGUCUCCAGCUUCUUCCCCGACAACGUUGGCAGCACAGGGGUCUGACCAGGAAGUAAAGGAGGGCUUCCUCUUCCUCAGUGAGGAGGAAGAGAAUGUGGCCGAGAAAGAGGAGAAGAAAGCCAAGCAGGACGAAGAGAAGACAGAGGAAAAGAUGGAGGUAGACACGGAUAUGGACAAAGAGAAAGGGAAUGAGAAAAAGGAGGAGGAGGAGGAGGGUGAGACAAAGUCGAAGAAGAAGAAUGAGGGAAAGGCUUCUCGAUCGUCCAGCCCCACAGAAUUAGCAGCCACCGAUGCCACAUCCUCAAGCAAGAAGCGGACGUUGUCUCCGGACGGAGCAAAGACCGAAGAGAAGGCGGGAGAGGCGACCGCAGAGGAGGAGAGGGGGGGCAAGCGGCCGAGGGUGGAGGGCCUCCAACUGGAGGUAGAAGCGCAGAUAGAGCUCAAGAUCACCGACGGUGCUGCUGGCGGCCGCCUGAAACUUGAGAAGGUGGUGCAAAAACUCGUGGAGGAGCGGCUUCGCGUGCUGGAGCUGACCGUGUUCGACCGUACUCUCCAGGAGCUGAAGGAGAGAGUGGAGAAGAUCGACUGUGCUACCAAGCACCAGGGCACGCUCAACACACUACAGGCCAGAAUUGCCCGACUAGUCAAGAAAUUUGGAGCUGCUAACCAGGCAUCGGAGAACAGCAGAAAGGUCCAAGAGGCGCUCAAAAAGACCCCACUUGCACCCCAAGUGAAUGCUGCUGCUGCUGCUACUACUGGUAUUAACAAUGGCAUUAGAACCGUUCGUGCGCUGAUUGAUGAGAAGCGAGCUAGCCAGAGCCCUACGGGGGUGGCCACCAUCUCAGCAGGGUCUCCAAUGCGGCCCAAACCUCUCUCCACCCCGACCGCCACACCCACCACCUCCGCAUCACCGCUGGCAUCGCCAGCUGCUGCCCCGGCGCCCAUGAUCCAGAUUCUCUCCACCGCCACCCCCAGCACUGCCACCGUUGCCACGACCAAUGCCACCACCUCCUCCGCUCCUGUCGCCGCGACCACGCUAUCGCAGGUCCAGGCCCAGGUGGCCCAAGGCGCGGUCCAGUCGGUGGCGCCCGGCCAGACUCAGGCGCUGCUGCUGAAGACGACACAGGGGAGUAACGGCCAGCCCCUUCUAAUCGUCGCCAAUGGGGCCAUGAUCCCAGUCACCUCCCUGGCAACGGUCACCAACUCGCUGACCAACGGCAAGACCACCACCACCACCGCCUACAUCCUGCAGCCCAAGGCUGCCCUGGGCGCCACAACUGCGACCAUGGCGAUGACCCCAGGCGCCACCACCCAGGUGGUGCAGUCAGCGAUGGCUGCCGUGUCUGCUUCGCCGGCAGUGGCUUCGCCAACGCCGGUGACUCUGGCCAGAGCCUUGCACCCGAACGGCGGGGCAGGAGGGGUUGUUUCCGUGACAACGGCCCGUGCGCCUACCCAGAGCGCCGCAGCUAUUGUUGGAGUUGCCACAUCCUCUUCAGCCAACCCGGCUAGCAGUGUUCCUGCCGCAACAGGAGCAGCGGCUUCGGCCACACCGGCAGCUAGUGCCAUGGCCUCAAAGACAGACAAUCAAGCAACAAGCAGCACAGCAGUCAAAGCUGCAGCUCAGCCUGCAAAACCUGCGGGUUCCGUGAUUGAUCUGACUGAGGAUGAUGACGAUGUUCUAGUGACUGGCAUGAAGAAGGCCCCAGUUCCAGUGGCUGCAUCUGCUACUCCUAACCAACGUCCAAGUAGGCCUCCUCCACCUCUCAUCCCCUCCUCUGGUAACUCUGCCAGAGCCUCACCUCAGACCAACCAGCGGCCUCAGCUCACAGUGCACCACCGCCCCCCACUGGACUCUCCUUCCAAAUCGCGCGUCAGCAGCUCCUCUUCCACCCCUCCCUGCUCCUCCUCCUCCUCCACCUCCUCCUCCGCUGCCCCGCCUCUCCCUCCCCUGCCCCCGGCGCCUGCCCCUUCCCGCCUCCCGCCCGAUGCCGCCCACACCUCCCCUCCCCAGCAGCCGCAGCUCAAGCUGGGGCGCGUGCAGAGCCAGAACGGUAUCGUGCUCUCCUGGUGCGUGGCCGAGACCGACCGCAACUGUGCCGCCGUCGAUUCCUACCACCUCUACGCGUACCACCAGGAGUCGCCGGCAGCAGGCGGCGGUGCCGCCGCCGCCACAGGAAACGCAUCGCACUGGAAGAAGAUCGGCGAGGUGAAGGCGCUGCCUCUGCCUAUGGCCUGCACGCUGACGCAGUUUGUGUCGGGCUCGACGUACUACUUCGCGGUGCGCGGGCGGGAUGUACACGGCCGCUUCGGGCCCUUCUGCGAGCCGCAGUGCACCGACGUCAUCGGGGCGGCGCAGACCAACGUUGCUGUGGCAGCGGCAGCGUCGUCCACCUCUGCCUGAAGAGGGAGAUGGGAGGGAGAGGAUUGUAGUAGUAAAAGACACCAACAAAGUUUGGGUAUUUUAGUGUCUCGUAGCUGCCUAUGAUAAGCAAAAGGGGGAAGAGAGAGCAGGAAUUCAUCUAAACUUUUUUUUUUUUUUUUUCCACUGCCUGUGCGACCCAACCAAGAAAAAUAUACCGAUUUAAAAACAUCAGGAGUGGCAGACCAUGGGAGAGAACAAGGGAAAAGGGACAGACUCUGGAAUGCUUACUGAUUGGACAGCUUAUAUACUGAUGGACAGUUUCACAUUACUGAGAAGAAUAUGCUUUCUCUCUCUUAUUUAUUUUUAAAGUAAGGGGUCAGCAUGGGAGAAUAUGGCAGUGCGGACACUUGAAAUGUCGCUGCUUGUCUCAACGGUUGUGAUUGUCAGCCACCAAACGCCCCCCUCCUUUCCUGCUGUUGUCGAGGAAUGAGUGAACAUCAAUGAGACAUGACAAGGGAGAGGUUACCUCUGUGGUGUAGUGGCGACUAUAGAGCGUGUGUGUGUACGUGUGUGUGUGUAUAGCCUGUUUUGCAACUUGGGACCAGUGUUCUUUUUUGGUUUGGUUUCAUGCAUUAGGAAACCGUCAAGUACUGUAUGCCACAGCCCCCCUCCACACACACACACACACACACACACACACACAUAUAUAUAUAUAUAUAUACACACACACACACAGUUUGCCAUACAGUUUGCCACACAGAGGUCCUCACUUGGCAAAAUGCUGAAAUGGCACUUUUUUUUAUUAUUAAAACAAGGUCAAUUCAGAUUCAGGCUGUUUAAAUAGCCUUGACUUGAUUCUGUUGCUGGUUUUUCCUGGCGUAUGUUUAUUUUUUUUAUGCUUUUAAUUCUUGUUUUUGCCUUGUUCUGUUUAUUUUUCUAUGCUUGCAGAAUAGGUUUGCAGAAUAAGUGUUGCAUGGCUGAGAAUGCAUUAGCUUCCAUGUUCCUUCUCAACACAGAAACACAUGAGACACUAAAAGCUCACUCAGAUAAGGGGAGAAUAAGAGUUGUGCUCAAACUUUUUCUUACAUGUAAGUAGAUUGAUUGUACAAAGGUUACUCUUAAUGUUCACCUAAUUCCUCAUUGUUUACUUUCAUUCCCUUGUUUUUGUUGUUAAUAUCAUAUUUUUUUAUUUUAAUUGACAGCCAUGUCUUUGAACACUGUACAGAAGAAGUAUGGCCCCCUCUCUCUUUCAAGCUAUUAAAGGAUGGUGUUAAUUUUUCUAUGUUUUUUGUCUGGUAACCAGACGGUACAAAAGUGCAAACAAUGAAUAAAAGCGUUGAUACAAAAAUUA